AUGAGAUUCAUUACCCUUGUUUCUUUUGCAGCCUCAGUUCUGGCGGCCAGUCGCACCACACCUCCAACUGGAUCUAUCGUUGUGGCCAAGUCAGGCGGUGAUUACUCGACAAUUAGCGAGGCAAUUUCUGCCUUGGAUACCGACACGUCUGAUAGCCAGAUCAUUUUCAUCGAGGAAGGCACCUACGAAGAGCAGGUGUAUAUUCCCAAAUUAUCGGGGAAGCUGAUCAUCUAUGGACAAACUGAAGACGACACUACCUACUCCUCGAACACCGUCACCAUUACCUACGAUCUGAGCUUGGCAGAUGCCAGUGAUGAUGACGAAACUGCCACCUUGAGAAACUAUGCUGCUAAGAGCAGCAUCUACAAUAUCAAUGUGAAAAAUACCUAUGGCGAGGGUCACCAAGCUCUGGCUCUCAGUGCAUACAACACUGAGCAGGGUUAUUAUGGAUGUCAAUUUACCGGAUUUCAAGAUACUGUUCUGGCCGAAACUGGCUACCAGGUGUACGGGAAAUGCUACAUCGAAGGCGCGAUUGACUUCAUCUUCGGUCAGACCGGCAAUGCCUGGUUUGACACUUGUCAAAUCGGUGUCUUGAAAUACUCGGAGGGCACUAUCACUGCGCAAGGGCGCCCUUCUAGCUCUGAUGAUGGAUACUACGUUCUCAAUGAGUGUACUGUCGAAGCUGCGUCGGGGGAGGACGUGACCGAGGGAACGUACUACCUUGGUCGGCCCUGGACUGAGUACGCGCGCGUGGUCUUCCAGAAUACGUACCUAAGCGACGUUAUCAACUCAGCGGGCUGGAUCGAGUGGUCAAGCAGCGAACCCAAUACAGAGGAUGUUCUCUUCGGCGAGUAUGACAACUCCGGCGAUGGGGCUGAAGGCAGCCGGGCCAGCUUCGCUUCCACUCUCUCUGCCGCAAUCACCAUCACGGACAUUCUAGGCAGUGAUUACGAAGACUGGGUCGACACUAACUACCUUUCUUAA